GCUGCGCGGGGCUGGAGGGACGCGGGAGCCCCCCGGCAGCGCAGGAUGAAAGUCACCGUGUGCUUCGGGAGGACGCGGGUGGUCGUGCCCUGCGGGGACGGCAACAUGAAAGUUUUCAGCCUCAUCCAGCAAGCGGUGACCCGGUACAAGAAGGCGAUCGCCAAGGAUCCAAACUAUUGGAUACAAGUACAUCGGCUGGAGCAUGGGGAUGGUGGCAUCUUGGAUCUGGAUGACAUUCUCUGUGAUGUUGCUGAUGACAAAGACCGUCUGGUGGCUGUGUUUGAUGAGCAAGAUCCUCACCAUGGAGGCGACGGCACCAGUGCCAGCUCAACAGGCACACAGAGUCCUGAGAUUUUUGGCAGUGAGUUGGGGUCCAACGCAGCAUCAGCCUUUCAGCCCUACCAAGCAACAAGUGAAAUUGAGGUCACCCCUUCAGUCCUCCGUGCAAAUAUGCCUCUUCAUGUACGGCGGAGUAGUGACCCUGCACUGAUUGGCCUCUCAACAUCUGUAAGUGAUACAAAUUUUUCUUCAGAAGAGCCUUCACGGAAAAACCCUACAAGGUGGUCCACAACAGCAGGCUUUCUCAAGCAGAACACCUCUGGUGUACCCACUACACAUGACAGAAAGGCCUUGUCCAGCCACACUGUCAGCAGAACACUGUGCCAGUUGCACGGGUACCUUUUGAGGAAGCCCAUAGUGAUACCCACAAAAGAUGAAAACUACAGAAGCCUACCACGAGAUACUAGUAGCUGGUCUAACCAGUUUCAGAGAGACAAUGCUCGUUCAUCGUUAAGUGCCAGUCAUCCCAUGGUGGACAAGUGGCUGGAGAGGCAAGAACAGGAUGAAGAUCGAACAGAGGAGGACAACAGCAGAGUUGAGCCUGUUGGACACGCAGACACUGGCUUGGAGAGCAAUACCAAUUUUUCCCUGGAUGAUAUGGUAAAGCUCGUAGAAGUCUCCAACGACGGUGGGCCUUUGGGAAUCCAUGUAGUGCCUUUCAGUGCCCGAGGUGGAAGAACCCUGGGGCUGCUAGUAAAGCGACUGGAGAAAGGUGGAAAAGCUGAACAAGAAAAUCUUUUUUGUGAGAAUGAUUGUAUUGUCAGGAUUAACGAUGGGGACCUUCGGAAUAGGAGAUUUGAACAAGCACAGCAUAUGUUUCGCCAAGCCAUGCGCACGCCAUUCAUUUGGUUCCAUGUGGUCCCUGCAGCAAAUAAAGAACAGUACGAGCAAUUGUCCCAAAGCGAGAAGAACAUGUACUACUCCAAUCGGUUCAGCCCCGAUUCCCAGUAUAACGACAGCAAAAAUAUUCACAAUUCUGGACUUCACACGUUACAAAGAAUGUCUAGAGCGGGUAACCAGUCUGAUCAGACCGAGUCCUACUCGCAGCUACCUCAUAGUGUGAGUUCAUCAGGGAAACCACCAUCGGGCCUGGCACCAUCGCCUCAGAAAGUUCUCACCUCCACUGCAAACAGCGGGUAUAACACCAAAAAGAUAGGCAAGAGGCUCAGUAUACAGCUAAGAAAAGGUACAGAGGGCCUGGGAUUUAGCAUUACUUCAAGAGAUGUUCCAAUUGGUGGCUCUGCUCCAAUUUAUGUGAAAAACAUCCUUCCAAGAGGUGCAGCUAUUCAAGAUGGGAGACUAAAAGCUGGAGACCGAUUAAUCGAGGUGAAUGGAGUUGACUUAACAGGCAAAACUCAAGAGGAAGUUGUAUCCUUGCUGAGAAGCACCAAGAUGGGAGGGACUGUCAGCCUCCUGAUUUUUCGACAGGAAGAAACAUUCCAUCCAAGGGAACUGAAUGCAGAACAAAGCCAGUCACAAAUUCCAAAGGAAACGAAAGCAGAAGAAGAAGAGCUUGUUCUCACACCUGAUGGCACCAGGGAAUUCCUGACAUUUGAAGUUCCACUUAAUGACUCUGGAUCAGCUGGACUUGGUGUGAGUGUCAAAGGGAAUCGGUCAAAAGAAAAUCAUGCCGAUUUAGGAAUCUUUGUCAAGUCCAUCAUUAACGGUGGAGCAGCAUCCAAGGAUGGCAGGCUUCGAGUGAACGAUCAACUAAUAGCAGUAAAUGGAGAAUCAUUACUAGGCAAAACAAAUCAAGACGCUAUGGAAACUUUAAGAAGAUCCAUGUCCACUGAAGGAAACAAACGAGGAAUGAUUCAGCUUAUUGUGGCAAGGCGAAUAAGUAAAUGCAAUGAGCUGGAGUCACCUGGGAGCCCGUCUGGUCCAGAGCUGCCCAUAGAGACACUGCUGGACGACAGGGAGCGGAGGAUUUCCCAUUCCCUGUACAGUGGGAUUGAGGGGCUCAGCGAGUCGCCUGCGAGGAAUGCUGCACUGAGCAGGAUCAUGGGUAAAUAUCAGCUUUCUCCAACAGUGAACAUGCCCCAAGAUGACACUGUCAUUAUUGAGGAUGACAGGCUGUCUGUACUCCCUCCGCACCUCUCUGACCAGUCUUCAUCCAGUUCCCAUGAUGAUGUUGGGUUUGGCACUGUUGAUACUGGUGGAUGGGCUAAAGCUGCAAUUAAUGAGUCAACAGACUGCACUCUUAGUCCAGAUGUUGAUCCAGUGCUUGCCUUCCAGCGAGAGGGUUUUGGACGCCAGAGCAUGUCAGAAAAGCGUACAAAGCAGUUUUCAGAUGCCAGUCAGUUGGAGUUUGUUAAAACACGAAAAUCCAAAAGCAUGGAUCUAGGUAUAGCUGACGAGACUAAGCUCAGUACAAUGGAUGACCAGAAAACAGGUUCCCCAACCAGAGAUGUAGGGCCUUCAUUAGGUCUGAAGAAAUCCAGCUCAUUAGAAAGUCUGCAGACAGCCGUUGCUGAGGUGACUCUCAAUGGUGAUAUUCCCUUCCACCGCCCCCGCCCACGAAUUAUCCGAGGACGAGGCUGCAAUGAAAGCUUCAGAGCUGCCAUAGACAAAUCGUAUGAUAAACCUGUAGCAGAUGAUGAUGAUGAAGGCAUGGAAACUUUGGAGGAAGACACAGAGGAAAGUUCAAGAUCUGGUAGAGAAUCUGUUUCCACAGCAAGUGACCAGCCAUCCCACUCACUGGAGAGACAGAUGAAUGGAAGCCAAGAUAAAGGCGACAGAAAAAAGGCUGGAAAAGAAAAGAAAAAAGAUCGAGAUAAAGAAAAGGAUAAAAUUAAAGCAAAGAAAGGAAUGCUGAAAGGUUUAGGAGACAUGUUCAGCAGACAUAAGUGAUCUGAAAGGAGCAGACUGCUGAGGGACACCCUGCUGAUCUGGGUAAAUGGUGAAACAUGACAAACACCUUUGAUCACUUCUGGGAAGGGGUGAGAGAGUAAGAAAAUCAGUCUUUCUUUUAGCUAGCUAAUGUAAAUAAAUGCAUUUUCAAGAAAAGAGAGAUUAUAUUGAGGCAGUGUUUGUUUUCUUUCAUAUAUGCAGUGUUUCAUUAUUUAAUUUGAAGUGAGAUACCAGAAUUAUUUUGAAGAUUUAUUAACAGUGAUUCUUCUCUCAAAGCAUUUAAGCAGAGCUUCCAUUAACAUAAAACUUGUUAUCAUCUUUAUCGUGCAAUUGAACUUUGGCUGUUACUGCUAAGCUCUUUGAGAGUUGUUCUGACUGUGAAUGGCAGCACAAAAUUAGUUAACUUAGGAUCAAAAAAACUGGAAAAUAAUAGAAAAUUUAUUUGGAAAACAUGGAGUCAUAUCAGGUUGUUAGGCAGCCCAUGCAACAGCAUACCAGAAGUGUUAUAAAAGAUGGCUUCACACAUCAAAAGGAGGAGAGUAACUCGCUGCAUCAAAUAGAAGUCCUACACGAAUACCUUCAUUUUCUUGGUGUUUGCCUGACUAAGUCAAAACCUGGAGUAGAGUUGCAUCACACUGCUGGGGUGGAGGAGAAGAUUAGACGUACGAAAUGCCACUGAUUCUUUUCUGCACUUUGCCAUUUUUCUGUAGAUUUGUUUUGGGAUAGUUCGUCUCUGGUGUAAAUGGCUAUCUCAAUAGGAAUAAACAGGCAAAACAGCAGCAAAUCAUCCAUGACAAAUUUGGUUGUGAGUAAAUAGCUUAUGGAUAACUUGACUGCUGCCUGGUGAGCUCAAGUUCAGCUAGAAAGUAUUACACAGCAUCAAGAAAGCAGGGCAACUCCUACUUAAUGUUUCUGAUGCCCAGUGGACCUGUGAGACAGCUGCCACACCGUGCAAGCUUUGGUACACAGGCAAAGAAUGAACCUGGGGAGAGUGCCCUCCAAACAAAGGAGCCUUUAUUUGUUGGGGAACCAGGCAGUCCAGGGCUGAUUUACUGCUUUAUGCCCUCUGGCAUUAGAGCCUCCAUGUGUUCCAGAACAGCUUUGAAAUCUCUAAAUGGAAAUGAAUCCAAAAGUAGCAAUUAAUACCAGAAGCAACAUUGUCUGUAUGUUCAAUACAGUAGUCCUGAAAUCUUUAAUCUGAAAACUAUAAUUUUGCUGAUAAGAAGGCCUGAUGCUGGCUUCGUUGUAUGCUCUUCAUAACUGCCAGUGUUUGAGUUAUUUUUCCCUCAAUACCAUUUCUAUGUGAACUUUACUUUUUAGUCUCCUCUUAAUUAAUGUGGGAGCAGUGCUACCUGGAUGCAGUUCUGACUCCUCCUGGAUCGUUAAAUUAGCUUGCACCUUGUCAGCCCACCCAGAAGAGGUGCUUCUGGCAAACAAGAAAAUGCUGAUUGAAGGAAUUAAGCAUUAUGCCUCAUUUCCACUUUGUGCUCAGAUUUGCUUUGCUGACAGGCUUCUCAAUAAUGUUUGAGAGAGAGACUUUAUUAUGUCUGUAAGAUAAACUACUACUUCUGCCUAUAUCAUGCUUUGUUUUUCUGUUUAUCUGACAUACAGAUAUCAAGUAAUCAGAAGAUGUGGUGCAAUAAAAAAUAAUGAUGACAGUAACAUUCGAAAUUCAAGCCAUGAUCAAAGCAUAAUUGGAUGUUUUGGUUCUUUGCAACGUUGUGAUUUCUUUGUAGUUCUUUUUCUUCUUUUUCUUUCUUCCUUUCCAGUGCUCUUAUUGUAAGAUAAUCUUUCUUCAUUGAGUUGUAAGGGCAAGAACACUUGCGGGGUGAAAUUGCUGUUAACUGACACACCAAUGUCUGUAUUUAGCCAAGGGGCUUUUUACUGCCUAUAUGCAAACUGACAGCUUCUAAAGUGAAGUCUGUGUAAUAUCUGAAAGCAAGCUACUUGCCUUCAGUUAAAAUCUUAGGAUUUGGUACUGGGAUCUUCAUUAAACUGCACUAUGAGAUGGAAAUUUCCACAAGGGGACCCAAGGUUGCAUUUAUCCUAGAGCAUCCAGUCAUCAUUUCCAAGAUCUCCUGAUGAUCAAGAUAUCAGGUUAAAAUCAUAAAUAAACCUUUUAAGUACUUGCAUUGUUUUAUGGCUUUCAUCAACCGGAGUAGAGAAGCUUGAUGAAACCACGAGGGAGAACUGUAAGGUGCAGUUCUAUGAGACACCAAACUUCCCUCACUUCCAAAGGACCUUCACUCACACUGGGCUGUGGAAAGUCUGAUAUUUCACCCUUCUCUCUGUGAAAUAAAUCUGAGUAUGUGCGCAUUUCUUUUUUCACAGUGACAUUUCAGAGCAGAAGAGAAUAAUAUUUAUAAAUUUGACAUUUGGCUUAAUGUCCCUCUUUCUGCUCACAGAUAAAUAUAGACUGUAAAUAAAGCCAGAGAAGUGUUGAACGGAAAUGUUGAUCUGACACACCAGCCUUGGUGCUGCUUUGAGCUGCUGCAGAUCUUAUACCAGAACAUAUCUUUGUUACCCAAGCAGUUACAUCAUUGCCCUGACUUUCUUAUCCGUGCAGUAGGAUUAUGUGUUAUGUCCUCUGGCUUUAAUGGUGUACCACGGAGAGACUGUGCAGUUCUAUCUUCUCCACUGCUGACAUUCAAGGGCCGUCUGGAUGGCCACUGACAGCUUAGCAAAUGGUUUUUGGGAAGCUGAUAAAAAGUUCUGCUAGUUUUUGCUUCUUUACUAGGAAGGCUUGAAUGGAUGCAUGUUUUGAUAUCCGAAGAUUGCAAAAAUCUUUAUUCUCCACAAAGUGCAAUCUAAAAUAUAUAUUUACUCACUUCUGAGUCUCUAUUUCUGUAGAGAUUCUGUUUCUUGAUGAAAUGAACCUGACAAGAACAAUCCGUUGAUAAAAAGGUCUUUGUAGUGGUGCAUUAGGCAAGACGCUUUAUGGUUUCAAGCAGUGCGCCUAUAAUUAGUGCUGGUAGGGAUACAUUAAUUUGAUGGGCUUCUCUGUUGUGCGACUCUUUGACAUUCCUUUCCCGUGAGAGAAAAUUGUGUGUGCCAUUUUCUUUUUCUCUUCUCCUGUCAGGUACAGCAUGUUUUCACUUACGAAAGUGGGGACCCUUGGGAUACAAGACAGGAUAAAGUUUUUAGCUGUGUCACUAAGACCAAUGAAGUAAUGGGUCACAAAUGAAAGAAUUGUAGCUCCAAAUCUUUAACCAGCAUCCACCUGUAAUUUUCUCUGUAACAGACCCAAGCCAAGAUUUUGUAAUACAGUAGCAUCACUGUAAUUAUGUCACUGUUUUUUGGAAUUUAUUUCAUCUGCGAGGAAGCAUACAAUCAUGGUCUUACUGGGGAGUCUGUAUGGGAGAACUCUCACUGGAGAGUUUUAUAAAAAAAUGUCUGGCAAGUGGUCAAUCUCAGGAAAGGAUGUAUCUGAAGUACAGCAUAGUUAGAAGAAGCUGAUCUACUAAGAUGUUGAGAAAAAAGCGGAAAGAAAAACAACUUUGGGUUUCCAAAAGGAAGAAGAGGAAUAUUAGCCCAUCAAAUCUUGAUGAAAAAAUACUGGAGGGACAAUCACUAUGACAAAUAGAUCUGAAACAAAUUGACAUCUAUACAAUGGGAUAAAAAUGAGUUUGCAAAAACAAAAGUUAUGCUUGAGUUUUUUGGCCAGCUGCUGAGGACAGUGAAAGAUGCUGUGGGGAAUAUACCUUUGUAUCUUAAUACUGGGUUUAAGCAAGAAAAUAUUUACAUUGGUUUUGGAGGUUGCUUAUGAAAUGGGUGUCAGGUACUUUGAAACAACUGUGGUUAAGCAGUUAUAAGAAGUGGAUACGUUUCUCCUGUAGAUUAAUACCUCAACCUCACAUAAACAUAGCUUUUAGUGGGGAAGGAAAGCAAUGGGUGUUGAAAUUUGUGGAACAAGACACUAUGCUAAAAAGUAAAUAUAUGCAUAGGUGUUCUUAGUACUGGAGACUGUGUAUUUCAAGAUCUGUUCUGUCAUAUUCAUGGAAAUGUAAAUCUGUGAUAUGUGGUGACUAAUCUUCAAUUCCUCUCUUGAUUUUGCAGCAUACAGGUAAGUAAAUCAAUGCACUGGUAAGCCAAUGCAAAAGUAAUAUUCUCAGAUUACCAUUGAAACCUAAUUCUAAAUUACUAAAUUAAUUUAAAAGUGAUUAAUGGGAGCCUAGUAUUUUUUUUUCCUAGUUCUGUGAGAACAAAUCGAUAACUUAGUUUCCAUCCUUGUUUCGCUGAAAGCAGGUAUACUGUUGUCUUUUCUUCUCCUUCUUUUCCACACAGCUACUUCCAAGGUACAAUGAACAUGUACCAAUUCAUAAUACUAAUGUUUGUAGCUUUGAAUUAUACCUUUCAAUCAUGUUAGCCAUCUGAGACUUCUGGCUGAACAUAUGGGAGAAUAACCUACAAGGAUUACUGUUGUGUUUAUAUGACUUCCUUGUACUGUCUACUCAAGUUUCUCAUCAUCAGUAAUGUCUGUAAAAAAAUAAAAAGCAAAUUGAGAGGGUUUGUUUUGGUUUAAACUGGCAGGUGGCUCAGCUCCAUAAAGUCGUUUGCUCACUCCCCCUUUCUCAGUGGAAUGUAGAACUCGUGAGUUGAGAUAAAACUAUUUACUAAGAUAGAGAAAAGGAAAAGGGCAAUCCUUAUUAAUAUAUAUCCAUAUAUAUACAUACAUCUAUAUAUGUAUAUGUAUAUAGAUAAGAGUGUGUAUAGCAAGUAACGCACAAGCAAUUGCUUACCACCCUCUGACUAGCCCCCAGUAAGCAGAAGAGACAAGACAAACUCCCCCUCCCUUCAAAGCUGCUUCCGCAUGUUGUCAUGUGAUAUGGAAUACCCCUUUGGCCAAUUUAAGUCAAUUGUCCUAAUUCUGUUCCCUCUCAGCUCCUUGGGCUCUUUGCUGAAAAUGGCCUUGGCUCUGUACUUUGCUGCUUAGCAGCAGCUAUAAACAUUGGUGUGUUAUCAGCAUUGUUUUUCUCCCAGAACCAAAACAUGGCAUCUUACCAGACAUUUUGAAGAAAACAAUUCCAUCCUAGCUGAAACUAGAAUAAGUUUAUAACACUUAUUUAGUAAUUACCUUAUUUUUCAUUUAUUUAAUAACAGCUUUCAGACUUCUAAGCAGGCUCGUGACAAGAAGGUGUCUGAGUUGUGUAAAAUACUAUUGAAUUAUACCCCAAUCAACAGGACUAGAAAAUACUUUGAACUCAAUAAAAUAAAACUUGUGGACUGAUUUUCAUCAUUCAGCAGCUUAAAUAGCAACAAUAAUAGUAUUUUCCUUGGAAGUGUGACUAACAGACUUCAUACUGGUGAACAACACCUGAUAAAUGAAUUUGACUGAAAACAAGGGAAUGAGUUUCAGAAGUUGGAGUUCUUUGGUUUUUUUUAGUGUUCUGCUCAUGUCACUAAAUAGAAUAAAUUUUCAGUCUUAGAACAUGAAGUAAGAGGUUAUUGCUUAAACACCAGUCUGUUGUAUCACUGCAAACUUCAAAGAUCAUUGCUUGCACACUGAAUCACUCCUGGCUUUGCUAACAGUCAUCUGAGAUCAUUCUAGGUACUUCAUCAAAAAAAGUUGAGGUGGCUCAGGUAAAUGGAAUCUGGGACCAUUUGUGCUGUUCUUUACCUGUUUGUUACUGCUCUGUGUGCCAGCUGACAGACCCUUCAUUAAAUCCACAUCUGCUUCUCCUCUUCUACCAGCUAAGAAAUGUGUGUGUGACAAACUACAAUCAUAGACACAAGGUAUAUGCUCGCUUUUCAGUUUUGAAAGGAGGAGCGUAAUCCUUGUCCUGACUGCAAGUUGGAUGCUGUUAAUGACACUUUUGUUUGCUUUGCUGCUCUCAGCUAAUUCUUCAUGAUCUAUUUUCAAAGUUUCAGCCAGCUCCUGGGAUGUGGAGUCAGAAGAGCUUUUCAAAUGGAAUCAGCCAUGCAACAAAUUGUCAUCUUUGAUGCAGACAAUUACC